AUGCACUACACACAGGGACAAACUCCUGCCACAUCUUCAGAGAUCAAAGCUGUACCCGGUCGGCUGAACACAAACCUCGACCUUCCUACUCUCAGCCCUCCAACACCGCCAGCCAGAGAGGCUCCGGCCUACAACGUUCCGGCAUUGACGCUCAUGAAGCAUGGGUUAUCGAAGAAAGCCCGCAAUGGAUCCACCACAACAUUCAAGUCCGGUGCGCAGAAGCCAGAAGACAUCCUACCUGUCAGCAGUUCAGAGGAUGACGAGCCCGUGGCAUCUUCUGGGGGAAUAUCCUCGCAGCAGAUGCUUGUGUCGCCAGUAGAUGCAGAGUCGUACUUCAACUCUUUGAACUCAAUAAGGUCAUCCCGAGCGAAUUCGGUAUACUCACUCUCACGCAUAUCGCUCACAAGUCAGCUUUCACAGUUGACUUCCCUGGCUUUACCCAAUGCGACCUCGCUGUCUAGCAGCAUCUCCUGCAUACCUACAGCUCCUAUCGCCGCGACCACUCUCAGCGGCGCAGCAGACCAGAUCAGACGAUGGCUCCAGAAGGCAACGGAGGUCUUGAGUGGACUUGAUGCCGAAGAUGACGUGGAAUGGGCGGCUGCCGGAGGGCGAGAAGGGCUUGGGGAGGUUCAAACGGCGAUUGAGAAAUUCGAAAGCCUUAUUGGGGUGUACGUCACAGCGAUUGAAGACCUGCAGGAUCGAGACGACAUCUCGGAUAUUCCUAAAGAGCAGCUGCCCGCUGUCGUUGAUCAGAUGGAGAGAAUCCUUGAGGGCUGGGAGAGCGUGCGGAGGUCACUAAAGGGCAUCAAACGACAGGUUGAACUGGCAAUGGAAUGGGAAGAGUUAUGGAAUAUUGUACUCGGAGAUAUCGGUUUGGAGGUGGAAAACCUGUCCAGACUGGUCUUCGAGAUGGAGGAGGCGAGGCACAAAGCGUUGCUCGCAGAUCCAUCUGAGAGCAUCGGAGCUCUUGACAUGCAGGAGCUUGACACCAUAGUGGAAGAGGGCGAGAGGGAGACAACAAGCCAUCGCAUUAGCUUAUCAAAUGCUCUACCACCAAGCUCACCAAUGGAGUCGCCAGGAACCGGCAUGGCACCGGAAGAUGACCGACUUCUGGCUCUCUUCGCUCGCAUGCAGCCACUUCGGGCCUCAUUGGACUUUCUUCCAAUGACUCUGUCGAAUUUUCACGCUAAAGCACAGCCAGUGCUGCCUACAGCUUGCCAGGAGUUAGAGUCAAGGAGGAUAAGCCUAGAGAAGAAGUGGAAGAUUUUAGAACGCGAUGCUCAACGUCUGAGGCAAGAGCUCGGCGAGGAUCGUUGGGUGCUUCUGUUCCGCAACGCUGGAAGGCAAGCUCAAAAGCUCUGCGAGUCAAUCGAGCGCGCUAUCACCAAGCUUCAAGAAGCUAUCGAUGUAGGGGCUCAGCACAGCAAUCCUCCAUUGCUAGCUAAGAAGGUGGAGGCCUAUGAGGCAAAGAAGAUUCAUUACGGACCAGCAAUUGAGAAGGUUCUGGAAAUCAUUGACAAAGGUGUUACUGACCGUUUCACUGUUAAUGGCGAGGUUCUAAGGCUGCAGUCGGACACAAAAGCUAGAUGGCAGAGCACUAACUCCGAGAUGAAAAACAUGAACCUGGCUUUGGAUGAUCUGACCAUAAACAAGAAUCAACAGCUGCGUGACUCUAUUUCUAGUAUCAUGUCCAUGGACCGUUCCUUGGACCGAUCUGCAAAUGGUAGUGCUGUUGACACCCCCGGCAGCUCGCCUGCAUCCUCUGUUGUUAUGGGCCCAACAAGUGGCAACAAGCGUGAUGAGUCUCCUGGCAUGAAUGGAUUGAGCCGCAGAAGCAGCAUUGUGUUUAAUGGCAACACCCGCCUGAACAGUGCACGUCGUAAUUUUACUAUGCCACCCGGAUCGCCUGGCUCGAUUCAGCUGCCUCGCAAAACACCAAUGUCUAGGUCUUUCACAUCGGACGGUCGGUCCUCAUCUCGAGGUGCAUCACCAUCACCCUACGCCAAACAAGCAUCGGCCACACCUACGCCUACAACUACGCCAGGAUGCUGGUCCCAACGACCUAGCGUGCCACAAGUUGACAAUAAGCCUCGCUGGAAUUCUUCUCCAAACGUCGACCACUUUGAAUUUGGUCAGAAACCAAGGCCAGUACCAUACUCUACUUUAUCGCUUAGUCGUAGGAGCUCAAUGGCUUUCCGCUCUCCGAGCAGCGCUGGAUCUCAUCUAAAUUCCCCUGGUCUUGCUCUUCCCAGCCCGUUGGGUCGUUCAUCCCCAGUACCCGCUCUUGUCACUGCAACCAUGUCGCAUCGCCCACGAAUCGCAUCUGGUGCCCAAAGCUCCAUUGGGACGCGUCAAACUUCAUGGUCCUCACCUGCGAACUCGACCGAUUGGGUGAAAUUCAAGGACAAGACACCCCCAUCUACCGCGUCAAAGAAGGAGAGCAUCCGCCUUGGCUUAACACCGAGCUCACCUCCAGAUGUUCCUACUGGAGAUAGUCCAUCUGUAAGACCAAGACCGCAGCGCCCAAGCACGGCUUUGGCGAGCAGCCGUCGCGUUAGUAUGCUACCGCUGCCGAAGAAUUCGCCCCUGGCCACUCCAAAUGGACGCGAGACCGCUUUGGGAUUGAGGACGGUGUCAAACGGAAACGGCAGAGAGACCUCUUUCGGGUCAAGGCCUGUUUGCAACGGUAGAGACAGCUCAUUGGGUUCAAGGCCCCCGUCAAAGGGGAAGGAGAAUGGAGCUACCAUCAGGGGAAGGUGA